AUGGAACCGGCGGGUUCCGGAGCUUUUCCUGCUACGCAGAAAUUUUCUAACGGUUAUGGUUCAACAGGAUGGCAUCCAUCAUUCAGCAGACGCUACUGGUUGUCAGAUGUUGACGAAUCUCAAAUCAUUUCCAUUUCCAGGCAGCCCUUACCGGAUAUCGUGUUUUCGCUUAUUCCCGAACAAGAAUGGGCUUCCACAUUGGGUGACUACAUGGUCAUGGCCACACUCACCAGUUUCUGCCUUCUGCUCGUUUUUCAUCAAUCACGAGCGAUUGUCGCUCGUCGGUUUCUAUUCAUCGGCGCUACCCUCUAUGCUUUUCGCUCUGUUACACUUAUCAUCACCCAGCUGCCUCCAGGGUAUCAAAACAAUGCUAUGCGAUGCCGGGAUCAAGUGAAUAUUACCCUCAGUGUGUUCCUUUCUCGGGUCGUUGAGCAAGCAAUCCGGGCCGGAUUUCAGGAAAAAACGAAAAUGCUAUGUGGUGAUAUGCUAUUUUCCGGCCAUACUCUAACUAUGGUGACUAGUGCUCUAUGUAUCGCUUACUAUCUCCCAGCUAAAUGGCGGCUCCUACAGUGGGUCUCGAACUUCUUUGCUGCCGUCGGAAUGUCAUGUAUGAUCAUUUCGCGAACUCACUACACCAUUGACAUAUUCAUUGCAUACUUGCUAUCAAAUUUCGUUUUCCGGACUUAUCAUGCUUUUUGCGAAGUGGACAUUUUUAUGGAGCGGAGGAAAUCCGUUCUGUAUGGACUGUGGAUGCUGCGGAUUGCUGAAUGGCUUGAAGAUGAUAUUGUACCCGGAAAGUGA